AUUCCAUCUACCAGCUAUAUUCACCACAAAUUCCUGCUAACAAAGUGCAAAUAUGGUCGCCGAAAUCAUCACCACAAUCUCGCCCACGACAAACAAACCAAUUCUGACCCGACACGGCCAGUCACCAGAGGAAAUCCUGCGAUUGGGAACCACCGCGCAAAGCGCGUACAAGUCCUACCGCAAAUCCCACCCUACCCUCCAAUCCCGGCAGCAGAUCAUAUCAAAAGCCCUCGAGACACUAUCGGAAAGACAAGAUGCCCUGGCUCGCGAACUCACCGAGCAGAUGGGCCGGCCCAUCUCGUACACCGCAAAGGAAAUCACCACGGCAGUCAAGAGAGCGGAGUAUAUGAACAAAGUGGCGCCCGAUGUUCUCGAGCGGGACGCCACGAUUGCCGGUGAACAGGAAUUAGGCUUCAAGCGGUACAUCACGAGGAAAGAGCCUGUGGGCGUCGUGCUGGUCAUAUUCGCCUGGAAUUAUCCCUACCUGAUCCUGGUGAACAGUUUGAUCCCGGCGCUGUUGGCCGGCUGCGCCGUGAUCCUGAAGCCGAGUCCUCAAACGCCGACAAUUGUGGAACACAUCGUCGACAUCUUUCAGGGUGCCGGGCUGCCGCAGAACGUCAUCCAGUACCUUCAUUGCGGGAGUCCUACGGAUCUCAAGCCAUUGAUUCUGUCCCCCGAGGUCAACCACAUCUGCUUCACCGGUUCAGUCGCCGCGGGGAUAGCGAUCCAGACACUUGCGGCCUCCCGUGUGUCGUGUUCCGUAGGACUGGAACUCGGCGGGAAGGAUCCGGCCUAUAUUCGCCCGGAUGUCGACGCUGCUUGGGCGGCAGAAGAAAUCGUGGACGGGGCGAUCUUCAAUUCGGGACAGUCGUGCUGCGCCAUUGAACGUGUCUACGUCCAUGCCGACAUCUAUGAUUCGUUCUUGGGGGAAGUCAAGAAAGUCCUCGAGGGAUACAAACUAGGUGACCCCCUCGAAAAGACUACACACGUCGGGCCUGUGGUCUCGAAAAGAUCAAAGGAGACAAUCGAAAAGCAGGUUGCUGACGCCAUUGCCGCUGGAGCUGUGGAUGAGACGCCUCACAAUGAGACCUUCAACUCACCGACAGGCCCCAAGGAGGGCAACUGGGUGGCGCCCGUCCUCCUCACCAAUGUGAAUCACGGCAUGUCGGUCAUGCGCGACGAGACGUUCGGCCCGGUCAUACCCCUGCAGAAAGUCUCCAGCGACGAAGAGGCGAUUGGACUCAUGAACGACUCACAAUUCGGACUCACGGCGUCAAUAUGGACGAAAGACACGCAAAGGGGCGAAGAGCUGUGCGGGUCGGUCGAGGCCGGGACCGUGUUUGUGAACCGAGCGGAUUUCCCGAGUCCGGAUCUCGCCUGGACGGGGUGGAAGGAUAGUGGCAAGGGCGUCACCUUGAGCAAAUUGGGAUUCGAGCAGUUUGUCAAGGUCAAGAGUUUCCACGUGAAAAACUAUCCCAAGUGAAAGGAGGGUAAAUGCUCCAAUCGAGAUCAGAGCGAAGGGUAUGGGACAGGCUUGAAAAGGGAAUGAAAUCUGGCGAACAAACGAGACGAGGGGGGAAUGUACAUGCAUAUCGCCAGAUAGGGGCGUGCGAGGCUGCAUUUCGAUCACCACGCAAAUGAUGUUUCCCCUUGGCUCUGUAUCAACGCCCGGAGCAAUCCGACCAGAAUGCCCGAUAGAGACACGACCAGCAUGGACUGUCAGGACAGCAGAGUCAUAUAGCGAAUAGACGGAUAGACAAAAGGGGAGCAGGAACCUGAGACUCUCCAAUUGCCGAAAGUGAUUGAAUCGGACAUACAUUUAUUUGCACAGCUUCGUGGUCUUUCACAAGCGGCAAGUUAAAAUCUUCGACUGUCCUUGCCAUUGGAGCCAGACGAGGACGAAUCUGCAUCAUUCG